UUUUAACAUUUGAAGACAACACACUCAAUGUCGGCCAUCAGUAGAGCGGCCGCUCGUGGCAUUUUCCUAAAGACAUCUACCCCUUUGUCACGACGAUUGCUUCUGCAAAGAGUUGUCAACCCCGGUAUAUUCACCAGAAUUCAGAAUGGCGCUUUAAACCAACACUAUUCUACGGAAGUAAAAGAGACUCAGCCAAAAAAGGAAUAUUCAGAGACGACUAAGAAGGUGGUGUUUGGCAUUGCUCGAAUGCUGGGAUAUUAUUCAACGAGCUCUACGGCUAUUCGUGCUAGUCGCGAUUUAUACAACGUAUGUGCCAAGCAAGUGGAAGAAAACAAGAAGUUUUACCACCAAGAUUGCAACUUGCCUGACAACUUUCAGACAUGGUUUUCUAUUACUCAAGUACAUGUGUGGAUGCUUAUGGUUCGUUUAAGAGCUGAGGACCACGGAAAGAUAUAUAUCCAAGAACUAGUGAACCGAUUUUUUGAGGAUGCAGAGGAUAGAAUCAGAUCGCACGGGGUUACAUCUGGACGUAUAGUGGAAAGUUAUGUAAAGGAUCUCUUAGCGCAAUUUCACGGCGGCGUCGUUGCAUACGAUGAAGGUAUGUGCAAGGACGACCCUGUCCUUGCCGCUGCUUUAUGGAGAAACGUAUUCACACCAACAACUGGCAAUGCAAAUGACCUUGCUUAUAUUGUACAAUAUAUUCGCCGUGAGCUCAAGAUUUUAGACGACUAUGAUAGCGAAAAAUUGAAUGACGGUCAGGUAAGCUUCUCUAAACCAGAAGCUCACUUUUCCCAAACAUAAUAGUAUAUAGAGAAAAUUCAAUUCAAUUUAACAUAAAAUUAGCACAAGCAAUCGCAAAGUGAUCCAAUGGUGGUGGUGUUGUGUCGUGCUUUGUCGCGUUUGAAUAAGCGGG